AUGACUGAUUAUCUUAAGGCAAAGUUUGUGGAGUGGAGUAACAACGCAAAGAUUAAUAAGUACUUGCCAACUCCUCCUUCAUCGCCUGAUAUUCAUCCUAGGGAUUCAACGUCUUUCAACAAUGGUUUAUCAUCAAAGCAAUAUCAACAUCGUUCAGAACUUGGUCAAGAAACGCCUAGGUCCGCUUCCCCAAGUUCUGAUCCAAGUAGUGCUUUUGAUAAUGUUACUCAAACUCCUGUGACUGGUCGCCUCUCUGUUACUAUCGUUGAAGGUCGAAAGUUAAAUGUUAGUAACUUUCAAGCUCGUCCUUAUUGUGUGGUAGAAUUUGAACGUAACGAAUUUGUUACGAGAGAAGCUAUUCGUGAUUGUGAUCUUCCUUCUUCACGUAAUGGCAAAAUUGAGUUCUUGGACCUGGUUCGUGCUGCUACAA